AGUGGCCCAGCCAGGGCCUUGCCCGGGGCUCUGGCCAUGCUCCUCCUCGGGCUGCUGCUGCUGACCGUGCUGGCUGGCGCCCGCCUGCUGUGGAACAAGUGGAAGCUCCGCAGCCUCCACCUCCCGCCUCUUGUGCCCGGCUUCCUGCACCUGCUGCGGCCCAACCUUCCCCUCUACCUGCUGGGUCUGACCCAGAAACUGGGGCCCGUCUACAGGCUCCGCCUGGGGCUGCGAGAUGUGGUGGUGCUGAACUCCAAGAGGACCAUCGAGGAAGCCAUGAUCAGGAAAUGGGUGGACUUUGCCGGCAGACCCCAGACAGCGUCCUAUAAGCUGGUGUCUCAGCACUACCAGGACCUCUCCCUCGGGGACUACUCCCUGCUCUGGAAGGCUCACAAGAAACUCACCCGCUCAGCUCUGCUGCUGGGCCUCCUUGACUCCACGGAGGGGCUGGUGGAGCAGCUGACCCAGGAGUUCUGUGAGCGCAUGAGAGUCCAGGCCGGCACCCCUGUGGCCAUCCAGAAGGAGUUCUCUUUCCUCACCUGCACCAUCAUCUGUCACCUCACCUUUGGAGACCAGGAGGACACCUUAGUACAUGCCUUUCAUGACUGUGUCCAGGACUUGAUGAAAACCUGGGAGCAUUGGUCCGUCCAAAUUUUGGACAUCGUUCCCUUUCUCAGGUUCUUCCCCAACCCAGGCCUCCGCAGGCUGAAGCAGGCCUUGGAGAACAGGGACCACAUGGUAGAGAAGCAGCUGAGGCAGCACAAGGUGGGAAGGGAGAGCAUGGUGGCAGGCCAGUGGAGGGACAUGACUGACUAUAUGCUCCAAAGAGUGGGGAAGCCAAGAGCAGGGGAGGGCCAUGGACAGCUCCUCGAAGGACACGUGCAUAUGUCUGUGGUGGACCUGUUCAUUGGUGGCACUGAGACCACGGCGACCACCCUCUCCUGGGCCGUGGCCUUCUUGCUUCACCACCCUGAGAUUCAGCAGCGACUGCAGGAAGAGCUGGAUCGUGAGCUGGGCCCUGGAGCGUCAGGCUCCCGAGUCCCAUACAGAGACCCCACACGGCUGCCCUUGCUCACGGCCACCAUUGCCGAGGUGCUGCGCCUGCGGCCCGUAGUGCCCCUGGCCUUGCCGCACCGUGCCACGCGGCCUAGCAGCAUCUUGGGCUACGACAUCCCCGAGGGCACGGUUGUCAUCCCCAACCUGCAAGGCGCCCACUUAGACGAGACGGUCUGGGAGCGGCCACACGAGUUCCGGCCGGGUGCGUGGCGGGGAGGGCGCCUGCGGCGUGGGGGCGCCAGAGGCCGGUCCCUGCGGCUACAGAACCCCGGGUUCUGUCCUUGUGCCCACAGAUCGCUUCCUGGCCCCCGGCACCCGCCCCAGAGUGCUGGCCUUCGGCUGCGGGGCCCGCGUGUGCCUGGGGGAGCCACUGGCGCGCCUGGAGCUGCGCGUGGUGCUGGCGCAGCUGCUGCGGGCCUUCACGCUGCUGCCGCCCGCCGGCGCCCUGCCCUCCCUGCAGCCCCGGCCCCGCGGCGGCGUCAACCUCACCGUGCGGCCUUUCCAGGUGCGGCUGCAGCCCCGGGGCGCAGGGGCCCGGGCGCUGGGCCAGCACCCGUGACGGGGCGGGAUGCACGCCGGCCGCACGCAUGCCUCAGUUUCCCCUUUUAUUACUCCCCGUACAAACCCCUGCCCUCCCCCCCUGUAAACAUGGUGCUGUGAGAUCGCAGAUGGAGAAGGCUCCCUCCGGUGGCUGGACGGUGACGGUGGCCCCGGGCUCUUCUCUGAGCGCGACCCCUCAGUGCUCGGCAGUCAUUCUGGGGCGCCCGAGAGGCGAGCGGCGGUCAGCCUCCCUGGGCUGCUGGGGGCCGGUAGCUUCUUGGCCUCAGCUUCAUUUCCGUGAAGGGCACAGAGAACUCGAAGCCCUUCCAGUAGUACCAGCUCACCCCCUGGGAGGAGAUGUCGAGACAGAGUCAAAGCCACACAUCCCAUCUGCUCCCACCCCUGCCCCUCUGGGGAGAUGGUUCCCAGAAAUCAACGUCUCUCCCACCCCCCACCGACUUCAUGAUCCUCAACUGCCAAGGCCUGAGGCUUCAUCUGAGCUGGCCCUUUACGUCCAAUAAAUUGUGCUCAUGUCUCCCUCAAGAUAA